UCAGCAUCUUUUCUAUGUGUUUCAAAGCCUGUUUGUGUCUUUCAGGUAGUUAAUGGAGAAGCGGGCGAAUGACAGCCGGGACUGUGGUCAUCACAGGUGGAAUAUUAGCAACAGUCAUUUUGCUCUGCAUCAUUGCAGUCCUCUGCUACUGUAGGCUUCAGUAUUACUGUUGCAAGAAAGAUGAGUCAGAAGAGGAUGAGGAAGAGCCUGACUUUGCCGUCCAUUCCCACCUCCCACCACUCCACUCCAACCGAAACAUCGUGCUGACUAACGGGCCCUCGCUCUACCCAUCGUCCUCCUCCUCCUUCAACCAGAAGUCCCCGCAGUGUCGCACCAUCUGCCCCAGCUGCUCCCACUACGAACCGCCAACCUUCUUCCUUCAGGAACCAGAGGAGGUUCGAAAUGGGGGUGAGCGUGUCAACUAUAAGAACAUCAGCCAGGAAGACAUAGAACUGCCCGUGAGCUUUGGUGGACUCCAAGCCCUCAAUCCCAACCGCCUCUCCGCCAUGCGCGAAGCCUUUUCCCGAAGCCGCAGCAUCAGCACCGAUGUCUGAGCUCCAUCCCAACUCCCCGGUGUGGCACCCGGCGAGGAGCGCUGGCCUGGGGGUCGGGACUUGGGUUCUAGGCACGGCUUUGCCACUAACUCACUCUGUGACCAUGCCACGACCCCCUCUUGGCCUCAGUGGCCUCACCUGUAAAAUCAGGGGCUUUGAGUAGAUGGUCUCUAAGGUACCUUCCAGUUCCAUCCUUCUUUGACUUGGGAGCCCUCAGUUCACCCUCCUGAUGUUGAACAGCUUCACCGUUGGAGACA